AUGGCAAAUGGAAACCGAUCAUGUUCCAAUACCCAAUUACUCAGCUUUGCGCCGGGCAGAUCGAAUGGCAGAAGCACCCUUGGAAGAGAGAAUACUAUACCUAUUCUGGUGCAACAUGUCUUAACUUCCAGGUUGUCGUUGGAAAAGCUUGGCAGUCGUGAUGUCAUGAGAUGCGGGGUAGCUGUUUCACGUCGUUUGCCCUCAGUCUAG